AGCAAGGCGCCUUCCCCGCCCGGGAUGUGAACGCCGCUCUGAGCCCGGGGCGGGGGAGGGCCGGGCCGGAGGCGCAGUCGGCAGGAAGGAAGGACGGACGGACCAGGAGGAGGAGCGGCGGCGGCGGCCGGAGCCGGAAGGCGGGGAGGGGCCGGCCGUUGGGCCCGAGGCGGCGGCAGCGGCUGGGGAGAAGCGCUCUCGUCGCCUGCCGGGGGCCAGAGCGGUGGGGCCCGCGCCUCCUCCCCCCAGCGCCGCGGAGGGGGGAGGAGGAAGAUGGAGACCCAUAUAUCGUGCCUGUUCCCCGAGCUGCUGGCCAUGAUCUUCGGCUACCUGGACGUCCGGGACAAGGGGCGCGCGGCGCAGGUGUGCACGGCCUGGCGGGACGCCGCCUACCACAAGUCGGUGUGGCGGGGGGUGGAGGCCAAGCUGCACCUGCGCCGGGCCAACCCGUCGCUGUUCCCCAGCCUGCAGGCCCGGGGCAUCCGCCGAGUGCAGAUCCUGAGCCUCCGCCGCAGCCUCAGCUACGUGAUCCAGGGCAUGGCCAACAUCGAGAGCCUCAACCUCAGCGGCUGCUACAACCUCACCGACAACGGGCUGGGCCAUGCGUUUGUGCAGGAGAUCGGCUCCCUGCGUGCUCUCAACCUGAGUCUCUGCAAGCAGAUCACUGACAGCAGCCUUGGCCGCAUAGCCCAGUACCUCAAGGGUCUGGAGGUGCUGGAGCUGGGAGGUUGCAGCAACAUUACCAAUACCGGCCUUCUGCUUAUCGCCUGGGGUCUACAGCGCCUCAAGAGCCUUAACCUCCGCAGCUGCCGCCACCUUUCGGAUGUGGGCAUCGGGCACCUGGCUGGCAUGACGCGUAGCGCGGCGGAGGGCUGCCUGGGCCUGGAGCAGCUCACGCUGCAGGACUGCCAGAAGCUCACAGAUUUGUCUCUAAAGCACAUCUCCCGAGGGCUGACGGGCCUGAGGCUCCUCAACCUCAGCUUCUGCGGGGGCAUCUCGGACGCUGGCCUCCUGCACCUGUCGCACAUGGGCAGCCUGCGCAGCCUCAACCUGCGCUCCUGUGACAACAUCAGUGACACGGGCAUCAUGCAUCUGGCCAUGGGCAGCCUGCGCCUCUCCGGGCUGGAUGUGUCGUUCUGUGACAAGGUGGGGGAUCAGAGUCUGGCUUACAUAGCCCAGGGGCUGGAUGGCCUCAAGUCCCUCUCCCUCUGCUCCUGCCACAUCAGUGAUGAUGGCAUCAACCGCAUGGUGCGGCAGAUGCACGGGCUGCGCACACUCAACAUUGGACAGUGUGUGCGCAUCACGGACAAGGGCCUGGAGCUGAUCGCUGAGCACCUGAGCCAGCUCACCGGCAUAGACCUGUACGGCUGCACCCGAAUCACCAAGCGCGGUCUGGAGCGCAUCACGCAGCUGCCCUGCCUCAAGGUACUCAACCUGGGACUCUGGCAGAUGACGGACAGUGAGAAGGUCAGGAGGCACGAGGGGAUUUUUCUCCAUUAUUCACUGUGAGAACUCGGGGAAGCUCCAGAAGGUGAGGGACAGGGGACAACGACUUGGUUCCUGUGGAUCUUCAACUGCAGACGUGCCCACUCUGCGCCUCGGGCAACUUGGCCAUGACAGCUCAGGUCUCCCUGCCUCGGCACUGCCGGGGGCUUCUGCUCUGGUACCUUGUGAAGCUGCAUUCUCCUGAAGCCAGUUUCUCCAAUUCUGGGGACAGUAGUUUGCUCUGUGACCUUGCUUCCCUUACGGAUCCAAGGAGACCUGCUUUUUCAGUUUGUUCAGCUUUUUACUUGUUAGGAUGGAAUUGCAAUUUGUAAGCUUCUUAUAUGCCGGACAGGAAACUGGAAGUUCUACACUUUAAUUUUAUACAUAUAAAUAUAUACAUGUGUACAUAUAUAUGUAUGGGGUAUUGUAUAUAUACACAUAAAAUGAUGAUACAUAUAAUGAUGAUAUGUAUUACUGAGAACGUAAAAUAUAAUUAUAUAGUGAUAGCUGGACACACAAGGAAUUCACAGCUCCCCAAAGAAAAUACAUCUGGAUGAACUGCCUAGGAAUUUCCCCAUGAGAAAGAAGAAUGUCUCCGUAUUUCAUUCGCUGUUCCUGCCCUGAAACAAUUUCAAUCACUUGACAAAUCAUUAUCAUUCAUUAAUAAUGUUUACUGAGUGCCCAUAUGUGAAAGAAAUCCACUAUACAUUCCACAGAUGCAGUUCCUCUCCCCAUGGGGUUUCCAUUUGAAUGGGAACAAUGCCGAAUAGAUCUGUCUUCCCUGUAUAUAUUCUGUUUGGGUUUUCUGUUGUUCUUUCUUGUUCUCUCUCUCUCGCUCUCUCUGGUCCAGAGGAAUAAUUUCCUGGUUUUGUAAACUAAGCUGGAUCAUUUCAUUUCCAUGAAUCAGGGAAUACUUUAAGAAGGAAUAAGGAUUUACAGAGAACUGGGGAUAAGAGAUGGAGGGAAGCUGAACAGAAGGCCAAUGAAACUGGCUGAGCCCCUUUAGAACAGAGGACAAUUCCUGGUGGUGAGUCAGUUUGGAUGGGGGAAUGGGACACCUUAUAUGGGGAUCAAGGGAGAAUCAGUGGGGUCAAAAAGAGCACAUCAAGAAGAGGUCAAACUGAUGACAAGCAAAUAUUGCCCCAGUAUUACAAUUCCUGUUGCCCAACUCAAAACUGCCCUGUCAGUUUGAUGGGAUAAAAUUCUCAGACCCCAUUUCACAGCCACAGACACUGAAUCCCUUACUCCACAGCUUAGGAAGUCCGAAGAAGUAGACUGUAUUUGUCUCUUCCAAAGCUCUCUACCAAAGAUGAUCGAGGUGUUGGAGAACUUUGUCUCUCUUAAUUGUUCUGGUAACUGCUGUGUACAACCGAGCUAAAAACUCAUUGAUAAGAAUUCUCUCCCUGCUGCCCCAAUGCAACUUCUAGAUUGUGCACUAGUACAAGAGUACCAAUGCAGGAACUUGUCUACACGCAAAAACUGGCUGACCUGGGCUUUCGGUGUAGGGACCCUUCCUAAAAACAUGAGUAUCACCCAGGGGUCUAAACAAUUUGAUGGGUAGACACUAUAUUGAAUCACAAAGGUUUAGGAGUAGGAAUUAUCUAGUUCAGUGUUUUGUUUUGUUUUUUUUUUAAAGAAGUAGAACUCUAUUUUUUCCACUAAAAUCAUAUGUUGAAGCAAAAUAAAUAACAUUUGUGUAGUUGAAAAUUGGGGAGGGAACGGUAUCUCCACUGGCCGUCAAGUAAGAACUGUCUCAAAGUUCUCAAAAACCACUUACCUAGCCCAAUCCGUCAAUUUUCGCUCUUGUCACCCAGGCUGGAGUGCAGUGGCAUGAUCCCAGCUCACUGCAACCUCCACCUUCUGGGUUCAAGUGAUUCUCGUGCCUCAGCCUCCCAAGUAGCUGGGAUUAUAGGGGCGCACCACUACACUGGCUAAUUUUUGUAAUUUUAGUAGAGACAGGGUUAGGCAAUGUUGGCCAGGCUGAUCUCAAACUCCUGACCUCAGGUGAUCCACCCACCUUGGCCUCCCAAAGUGCUGGGAUUACAGACAUGAGCCACCAUGCCUGGCCUAUUUUUAUCUUUUUAAACAAGGUAUUACACUGUCACCCAGGUUGGCGUGCAGGGCACUAUCAUAACUCACUGCAGCCUUGAACUUCUGGCCUCAAGUGAUCUUCCCACCUUGGUCUCCCAGCAGUGCUGGGAUUACAGGCAUGAACCACACCGCACCCUGUGCAAUCUCUCCAUUCCUAUAGGUGAGGAAAUGGGUACACAGAGAAGUCAGGUAAAUUACCCAGGGUUACAGGACUAGGGGUCAAUCUGGUUCCUGAUGCUUAAUCCUCUGCUCUUUCUACUAUAACACCCUGUCUCUGAGAAUCUAUUCUGAACCCAUGAAAAUACACGUGGCGAUAUUAAGCUACAAAAAUUACUGACACAGUGCUUUCAUUAAAGACUCCCCCUGCCCUGUCCAUUUCCUGAGAAUGAGAGGUUUCUAGUUCUUUGUACCACAUUAACUCCAAUUGGUAAUUUUGAAUUCCUUCUUGGCAGAAGUAAUAUAGAUCAGAUUCCAUUAAACAUAUUUCUACAGUGAAAAUUUAUUUUAUUUUUAAAUUCAAACCCAGCUUAUGGUCUACAGACCUCAGUGAGAUUUAAUCAGCAAAAGUUUAGUACUAUACUACAAAAGAAUUUGGAUGGUGUGUGGGAUUUUACUAUAAAAAGGUUUUGCCUAUAUUGUGUAUAUUGGCCUCAUGUUGGUAUCUUCAAUAAUUCUGACAGCAGUUGGCUUUCAAGUCCCUCACCAUAAAAGUGGUUGCUUAUUAUGAAAUCCAAUACUAGGAUAUCACUAUCCCAGGACCCCAAGGAGUUUAUUCCCAUAUCUCAUUUAGUUACUUCCAAGUAGUCUGCUGUGAUAUGCAAUUUGCUACCCUGGCAUAGAGAGGAGGAAAAGAACCAUCAGCCACACUAAGCCUAGAGUUCUGAGGCUCCCCCAAGGUUUUCUAGGCUCCCUCAAGGCCUCGAUGUGGCUUUUCUAGGAGGUGGCUCUGUGAUCCCAGCUUUGUCUGCAAGGAAUCUUGGGUUAUUUACAAGAUCAGAGUUCUUAUUAAUGUAAUUCUGUUCAAGGCAAGUUAAAUGAAUAAAACAGGCAUGAUGAUGCGUGUCUGUGGUCCCAGCUACUCGGAAGGCUGAGGAGGGAGGAUAGUUUGAGCCCAGGAGUUCAAGGCUGCAGUAAGCCAUGAUAGUGCCACUGCACUCCAGCCUGGUGACACAGCAAGACCCUGCCUCUAAGAAAAAUUUUUUUUUUUAAUUUUAAGAAAAGAAGGGAAGGUAAGUGACAAUUUGAAAGAAAAGAUACACAUAUUUGAAAGAUGCAGGGGCAGGGUGGAAGCAGCCAGGGAGGACAAGGCGGGGCGUCGGCUUGUGGGACUGGAAGUUCCAUGUGAGCACCUCAGAGCGAGGUCUCUCAUGGUCAUUCCCACACCACUGAGAUUGGGGUUUCAGUAAGGACCGAUUGAGGAAGCAACAGCAAUGAAAAGGAGGCCACAAAGAACGAGGAAACUGUCUACAUGAAGUAUAAACUCAAGGCCCGCAUCCAAGUAAAAUAUCAAAUUGGAAAGAAAGAAACAGAAACAUUUCAGACGGCAAAGCUGAAACUCAGUGUCUGCGAUGUGGCGACCUUGGUCUCCCUCUCAUGCCUAACAGUGGAGUCAGAGCCCUGUCAUUUUAGAGGCUGCGUCCCUGGCAUGCAAUGCUUCUGGUACAAAAGAACCCACUCACUUCGCCAGUGGUCUGCGCAGGGGACUAGGUGUGUGGGGCCCACUCACAUCUCUGACUCCUGUUUUUCAGCCAUUAGCUCAUAUCUGAAACCUGGUAUUAGAAUAGUUCAUGCCGGGACACUCUCUGAACUCCGUUUGCCCUAGUCCUGGCACUGCCGCCUUACAAAAGGAGGAGGAUUUUAAUAGCAUUAAAAAAAAAAAAAACAAAGAAGAAAGAGGAUGAAAUUCUUGUAAAGCUUUUCAUAGUAUUGAGUCAUACACAUAUAAGCAUGCAAAUGGUAAGAGUACGGAAUGUUCUAGAACAUACACAAUAAAAAUUGUAGUAGAACUACCUUUUAUAUUACCUCAUGGAGCAGCAAGGCUAGGUUAGAGCUGGAAACAAAACUGAGGCUUCUACACUGACGCUUUUGAAUAUCUCUCCCCAUGUAUUGUUUUGGAGUGACCCCCAGCUUUCUGAAGAACACUGAGGGUGGAGCAUGGGCAUCCUGCAGCACUGUAGAAACAGCAAUGGGCUUUAGAACUCAGUUAUGCUGAUUGGGCCAGGCGCGGUGGCUCACAUCUAUAAUCCCAACACUUUGGGAGGCCAAGGCGGGCGGAUCACAAGGUCAGGAGUUCAAGAACUCACUUAUGCUGAUUGUUUUCUGCAUGACAUAGAGCAGAUGGCCUAGCCUCUGGUCCUGUUUCCUCAUCUUUCUUUCUUUAUUUAUUUCUGAGAUGGACUCUCGCUCUGUUGCCUAGGCCAGAGUGCAGUGGCAUCAUCUCGGCUCACUGCAACCUGGCCUCCCAGGUUCAAGCAAUUCUCCUGCCUCAGCCUCCUGAGUAGCUGGAAUUACCGGUGCAUGCUACUGCGCCUGGCUAAUUUUUGUAUUUUUAGUACAGACAAGGUUUCACAUGUUGGCCAGGCUGGUCUUUAACUCCUGGCCUCAGGUGAUCCACCCAUCUCUGCCUCCCAGAGUGCUGGGAUCACAGGCGUGAGCCACUGCGCCCAGCCUUGUUUCCUCAUCUUUAAAAUGGGACUAUGAAAGCCUACUUCACAGGGUAGUGGUUAGAAUAAAUGAAAUGAGAUGAUAUAUGUAAAACUUCUACUCUAGUGCCUGGCAUAGAGCAGAUGCUUCAUUCAUUGGACCAAUAUUAAUGAAACACCGUACUACAUGCCAGGCACUGUGCAAGGUGCUGGAAAUAAAAGUUAGUAUGCACAGACUUGGCGUCUGUCUUCUCGGGGCAUGCAGUGUAGCCAUCCAUUGUGUCACUAACAGUGCCACUUACUGUGAGUGGCCCAUCUUGACUGAGGUGCACAGGUGGUACUUACAUGAUAAGCAAAGUACAGGCAUUGCUUCUGAACUGCUUACAUCUGAUUGAAAAGCUGGGACAACCACAACCACAUAAUUGGGUGGCUCUGCCACUAAUUAAGUGAUCUUAGGAAAAUUAUUUAACAAUUUUGUACCUCCAGUUCCCCAAAAGUAAAGUAAGGAGGUUGGACUGGAUUAAAGGUUCCCAAACUUGACUGAGUGUGAGAAUUGCCUGGGGAACCUUUUAAAAGUACAUAUUCCAGCGACCCACCCAGACCUGCUCAUCAGAAUCUCUAAGUGUGGGGCUCAGGGAUCUGUAAUGAUUUUUAAAAUGUCCCCAGAAGAUCCAACACAGCUAUCUUGGUCUUAGUCCAUAUGUAAAAUCCCUCUUUGCAAAAGAGUUCUGGGGUAAAUUACUGUAAUCCAAAGCUGGAGCAAAGAGUGCCAAAGAAAAGGCACCGGUAACAUGUCAUGAAAGUUAGGAAAAAGCAAACAUCUCUUGGGGUGGGGGGGCACCAGCACUGAAGCAUAACUUGAGCUGGGCCUUGGAUGAGGGCUGGAACCUGAGCUUGAGGGGACAGAGAAAGUAAGAGGAUGGAGAACUGAAGCCAAACAUUUGGCGGAGGACAGACUGCUUGAAUGAUGGGGUCUAAGGCUGGCAAGGUAAAUCAAAACCAACUUCUCUAGUUAUUCCAUUCAUUCAUCCAUCCAUCCAUCUGUCUGUCUGUCCAUCCAUCCAUUCAUUGAAAUGUCCACCCAUCCAGUCAUUCAGGAACGCCUGGCAGUGUGAAUAUGUACUAUUCUAGGCCGUGAGGGUGGAAAGAGAAAGACAGAGUCCUGGCUUACCUCGCAGGGCUGCAGACACCCAGGCAGUGACAGAAGCUAAGGGUGGUAAAGGAAACGCAGGACAGGCUGGAAGUAGUGGCUCACGUCUGUAACCCCAGCACUUUGGGAGGCUGAAGUGGGUGGAUUAUAACGUCAGGAGUUCAAGACCAGCCUGGCCAACAUGGUAAAACCCCCUCUCGACUGAAAAUACAAAACUUAGCUGGGCACAGUGACAUGCGUGUGUAAUUCCAGCUACUCUGGAGGCUGAGGCAGCAGAAUUGCUUAAACCCAGGAGGUGGAGGUUGCAGUGAGCCAAGAUCGCCUCACUACACUCCAGCCUAGGUGACAAGAGCGAACUCCAUCUCAGGAAAAAAAAAGUGUGGGGCAAAGGCAGCCCAGAAGACUAACUGUGCCCAGAAAAGAUAGACAUCUGAAAGAAAGGAGAGAUAAUUGGGUGUUACAGGUUGAACUGUCUCCCCAAAAUGAUAUGCUGAUGUCCUAACUUCCAGUCCUUCUGCAAAUGACCUUAGGGGUUCUCUGACCACAGAGGCAGACAUGCAACGUCUUUCUGAAAACAAUGCGAAGACACAGCGAGAAGGCCACGUGAAGGUGAGGGACUGAGUGAUGUUCUGCAGCCUAGGAAUGCCAAAGACAGCCAGUGAAUCACCAGAUGUGGGGAGAGAGGCCUGGAGCAGCGUCUCCUCCCAGCCUCAGAUGGAACAAAUCCUGCCCACACCUUGAUCUUGGCCUUCAGGCCUCCAGAACUGUGAGAAAGUAAAUUUCUGCUGUUUGAAGCCCUCCAGCUUGGUGAUAUUUUGUUCCCACAACUCUAGGAAAUCAUACGUAAAGUAGACGCAAAAGGAGAGCUAAAAGACUGCAUAUUGUAGGCUCGGUGGCUGAUUUUUGAAUUGUUGGGUUAGCCAGCUAAUUAAGUAGCUAGAGUGGUGCCUAGCACACAGCAAGAGCUCAAUAAACACUUGAUGAGUCACGAAUGGGAGGCUGGGGAGAAGGAGUAAAGAUGGGUUCCCAGGGAGAAUGCUGGGAGGUGGAGGAAAUAUAGACCCAGUCUCAGGCACGUCGAAGCUCUCCAGAGAGAGUGUGAUCCAGAGGCAGCUGGAGCACAGUCGUGAAGCUUGGGGGCCAGAGAUUAAGUUUUGGGAAUCAUCCAUGUAGAGAUAAUAGAUUAGAUGCAGUUAAACAUUAUAUAUAGAAAAGACAAGAGUGCUAAGGGUAGACACAUUGUAAUUUAGAGUCUCUGAAAAGGACAGAAAAAGAGAAGAGGAAAGAGACAAGUCUAGCAUCACAGAAGACAAGAGAGGCAAUUUCAGGGAGGAGGAUCCAGCCACAAGAAAACAGAAAAAGAAGGCCUGUUUCAAGUGAUUUGCUUUCCAUGUCACAAUUGCUCUGUGUGUGUGUGUGUGUGUGUGCAUUUUAACAAAAACCCAUGACAAUUCCUGAAUGAUUUCCAAUAGAGCAGCUUUUGAAUUUGUUAAUUUCAAGAAAGAUUCUCGAGGAAAAGAUGAAGAUGUUAGUGUUUUAAUCCUGAGUGUUUCAACAGCAAUCUCAGCCUGUGGGAUCAGGCAAACAAUCUAGGAGUGAAUAUUAUGUCCCUAAUAAAAAGGCUCAGAGAAUUGAAUAUUCCUGGCUUGGUUUUAUGUAGAAGAUCAGGUUCCAGUGAAAAGCUGGGUUCUGAUUCUUGGGCAAAUAUCCAAAUCAGAGCACCAGCCAUUUAUUUAUACAUUUAACACAUUAUUGGCCACUUGGCACUGAGCUAGAAGCACGAAGAUGAAUAAACUCAUCAAGGAGCUUACAGUCUAAUGGGGAAGACAGAUACAUUAUCAGUUAGUUAAAAAAUAUGUUGAAGAUUGGCCGGGUGCAGUGGCUCAGGCCUGUAAUCCCAGCACUUUGGGAGGCCGAGGCGGGUGGAUCACAAGGUCAAGAGAUUGAGACCAUCCUGGUCAACAUGGUGAAACCCUGUCUCUACUGAAAAUACAAAAAUUAGCUGGGUGUGGUGGCGCGUGCCUAUAGUACCAGCUACUCGGGAGGCUGAGGCAGGAGAAUCGCUUGAACCCAGGAGGCAGAGGUUGCAGUGAGCCGAGAUUGCGUCAUUGCACUCCAGCCUGGGUAACAAGGGCGAAACUCCAUCUCAAAAAAAUAAAAAAUAAAGACAAAAAAUGUUAAAAAAAAUAUGUUAAAGACCUUAGCUAAAGAAACUUUAGAAAUUAAUAAUAUGGAGGUUCCCCAAAAAACUAAAAAACUCUGCGCCACUGUGUCCACAAGAUCAACAUGAAGGAAAGAUUAAUUUCAAGCCUUGUUGUUGUUUUCCUGGUUGGGUUUUGGACUUACUUGCAACCCCUUUCUUCUUCUUUCUCCCUUUUGGAAUGAAACAGCUAUCCUGUACCUGUUCCACCAUUGUAUUCUGGAAGCACAUUAACUUGUCUGAUUUCACAGGUUCACAGCUGGAGAGCAGUUUGCCUCAAGAUGAAAGACACCUUUGAGUCUCAUCUGUGUCUGAUUUAGAUGAUAUUUAGAUAAGAUCCUGGUUUUUAGACCUUUAAGUUGGUGCUGGAAGAAUUUAAGACUUUUAAGGUUACUGAGACAGAAUGAAUGUAUUUUGUAUGUAAGAAGGACAUGAGUUUAAGGGGGCCAAGACACACAUCUGAAUGUGUGUCUAUACCCCCAAAAUUCAUAUGUUGGAACUUAACCCCCAAGGUGAUAGUACUAAGAGGUAGGGCCUUUUGGGAAGUGAUUAAGCACCUUAUAAAAAUGGCUGAGAGGAGUGCUCUGGCUCCUUCCCUCUUCCAUCUCUUCUGCCAUGUGAGGACACAGGACACAGCAAGGUGCCAUCUUGGAAGUGGAGAACAAGCCCUCAUCAGAAGCCAAACCUGCUGGUGCCUAUCUUUUGAACUUCCCAGCCUUCAGAACUGAGAAAUGAAUUUCUAUUGUUCAUAAAUUUUUUAAAGCCUAAAAAUGGAAUUACAAUAUGAUCUAGCAAUCCCACUUCUGGAUAUAGAUCCAAAAUCAUUGAAAUCAGUAUGUUAAAUAGAUAUCUGUACUCCCAUGUUCAUUUCAGCAUUAUUUAUAAUAACCAAGAUAUGAAAUCAACCUAGGUGUCCAUCAAUGGAUGAAUGGAUAAAGAAAAGGUGGCAUAUAUAUGUAAUGGAUUACUAGCAACCUUUAAAAAGAAGGAAAUCCUGUCAUUUUUGACAUGAAUGAACCUGGAAGAUACUAUGCUGAGUGAAAUAAGCCAGGCAAGAGAGAUAAGUACUAUGUAAUAUAACUUAUAUGUAGAAUCUUAAAAAGUCAAACUUAUAGAAUUAAGUGUAGAAUGGUGGUUACCAGAUGCUGGAGGUGGGGGUGGGGAAUGGAGAGAUGUUGACCAAAGGGUAGAAAGUUCCAGUUAGACAGGAGGAAUAAGUCUUCAAGAUCUAUUACCCAGCAUGGCAACCACAGUUAAUAAUAAUGUAUUAUAUAUCUCAAAAUUGCUAAAGAAUAGAUUUUAAAUGCACUUACUACAAAAAAUGAUAAGUAUGUGAGGUGGUAGAUGUGUUAAUUAGCUUGAUAUAAUCAUUCCACAAUAUGAAAACAUCACAUUGUACCCUGCAAGUCUACAAUUGUUAUUUGUCAACUACAAAUAAAAAUUACAGUUAAAAAAUAAAAAGGUAAUAUUCUGUUGGGGGAUAAGUAAACAAAAUGUUGUAUACACAUACAAGGAAAUUCUGACGCAUGCUAUGAUAUGGAUGAAAUAUUGAUAAGUUUCAUCCAUAGAUAAAACAUGGGUGCUAGGUAAAAUAAGCCAGACACAAAAAAACAUAUUUUAUAAUUCCACUUCUAAGAGGUAUCUAGAAUAGACAAAUUCAUAGAGAUAGAAAAUCGGUCCAGGUGUGGUGGCUCAUGCCUGUAAUCCAGCAGUUUGAGAGGCUGAGGUGGAAGGCUCGCUUGAGCCCAGGAGUUUGAGACCAGCCUGGUUAACAUAAUGAGACCCUAUCUCUACAAAAAAUAAAAAUUAAAAAAUUAGCCAGAGUGUGGUGGCACACAUCUGUAGUCCCAGCUACUUAGGAGGCUGAGGUGGGAGGAUUGCUUAAGCCCAGAAUUUUGAGCCUGCAGUGAGCUAUGAUUGCACCAUUGCACUCCAACUUGGGCAACAGAGCAAGGCUCAGAAAUAAAGAAAUACAUACAUACAUAAGAAAGUAGAAGUAGACAGAAAGAAGUGGUUGUCAGGGGCUGGAAGGCAGGAGGGAAGGGAAGUUAUUGUUUAAUGUUAAUUAAACAAUUAUAGGCUCAUGCCUAUAAUCCCAGCACUUUGGGAGUUAAUGUUAAUUAAACAAUGGUGUUAAUUCUGAACGGAAUUUCAGUUGGGGAAGAUGGAAAAUUUUGUAGAUAGAUGUGGUGAUGAUUACACAACAAGUGAAUGUGCCUAAUGCCACAGAACCAUACACUUAAAAAUGGUUAAAAUGAAAAAUUUUGUUAAGUACAUUUUACCAUAAUUAAAAAAAAAAAAUAAUGUUUGUGAGCCUAUCUGAUAACUGAAGAAACUGAAGGUCUUUUUCCAUGAGUCCCUACUGGAACAUAAAGCUUCUUCAGUUCAAUGAAUGAACUGGUUAUAUCUGCUCAGGCAGCUACAACCCAACACUGAAAGGAAUGCAUCCCACAUUCGACUGCCCAAUUUGAUGGCUAGCAGCACCCCAUGGGUCAGAAGACAUAUGAGGCCGGGCACAGUGGCUCAUGCCUAUAAUCCCAGCACUUUGGGAGGCCAAGGCUGGUGGAUCACCUCUGGUCAGGAGUUUGAGACCAGCCUGGCCAGCAUGGUGAAACCUGUAUCUAGUGAAAAUACAGAAAUUAGCCAGAUGUGGUGGCGGGCGCCUGUAAUCCCAGCUACUCAGGAGACUGAAGCAGGAAAAUCAAACCAGGGAGGCAAAGGUUGCAGUGAGCCAAGAUCAUGCCACUGCACUCCAGCCUGGGCAACAAGAGAGAAACUUAGUCUUAAAAAAAAAAAAAAGACAUAUGAGUCCUUUUUGUACUGUGACCCUAUGUAACAGGUUUUACCCUGCACCACUAGGGAUCAAUGAAACUGAUAAACUGUUCCAGUGGGUUAGGAACCAAUGCCCAUCAUCAAGGAGAAAUAAGGACUCUCCCAAGUGGCCCCCUCCCUCCCCCUGCCAUGGAAGGGAAACUUCUACCAUUGCCCCUCAGAAAGAGACCAAACUCAGACUGCAACACUCUGCCCUCUGCCACUCAGGCAGGUGAUCUAGAAGGGUCUGGUGGCUUUCCUAGCGUCUGAGCCUAUCAGAGGCAAGUCAGAAUGAGAAUUUAAUGUCUACUCAUCUACAAGAGCCUCCCUGCCACUCUAGUAACCAGGAUAACUGGAACGAUCACAUAGCACAGCCGGAGCCCCUGGCUAAAAAUACAGCCUUCUCUGAGAUGGUUUCAGUUAUGUAAAUGUUUGAGAGCCAGGCAGCACCUGAAAACCGCUGGGCAGCAGGAGGCCAUAUGUGAACUGAGCCCCUGCAGCCACAUGGCCCUGUCCAGCUCCCGGCACUUCUCCGUCAAGGCCUUACUUCCACUCUUUCUUCUGCCUGAUCGCUGCUCUCCUUCACUCCUCUACCCCACCUGGCUUCUCUGCUCUGCCCAGGAUGUAAUUUCUCCCGCCACCUUUGUUCAUCUGUUCCCUGCCACAUCCCUCUCAUCCUCCCUUUCCACCCUACCCUCACCUGGAACGGUGUUUCCCUCUCUCUCUUGCCAGUCCAGGGGUUUCCUCCGAGUCCUUCUCAAAUGUCAUUUGUCUCGGAAGUCCUUCCGCGGACCUCCCACACAGGUAACUCUCCUGCAGCAUCUGCUGGCCAGCCUCACCAGCGAGGGCGCGUUCAUUGAACAAAAUUUGCCCAGACCUGCUCCAGGCCAAGCCCUUUAUGAGCGCAGGGCCACGGGCACAGUAGUAAACGGAAGGGGGUUUCUGCCCUCAAAGACGGGGGUCCGCUGACGAGGACAAACCGAAACCAAAUAGUUAAAGGAAUGUGCUAGUUCGAUAUCAGAAUUUUUGGGUACACGUGUCUUCAGGAGCUCGGAGGAGAAAGCAGCCCACUUGGAGAGGUCGGGAGGUGUGAAUCUUGAGUAAACGUGGUCGUCCCCCCGGCCUGCGGUUGCAAAAGGACACUGCCAACAGCAGCAGGGCAUCAUCAGGGCCACCAGGGUGGCUCCUCUGGUGUCAUGCUCAGGAAAGCGGCAGGCGGCUCUGCACCGCGGUGAUACCGGGUCCAUCCAGGAGGGAUGUGGGAAAUGGAGUUGAAUCGGGAAGGGCUUGGAACUCCCGCUCAGGAGUCAGAGUCCAGCUUCCUCCUGCGGCCACAGUGUGCUGCUUAGUGCUCCCUAGUAAAAGGGUUGUCACUGGCUGUGGUCUCACCCUACUGUGUGUCUAAUUCUUAUUUUUCAUUUGGGAAAGUUCAGAGCAGUUUUCCCUUGGCAUCAGUUCACAGCAGAGCCGAACUCUUGCUAAACGCAUGGUUAAAGAUUCACAAACGUCACAGCAAGAGGCACUGUCACAACGGCUCCUGUUAGAGCCACAGCACCUGAGAAAUGUCAGGUCCCCAGAACCUGAGAAACCUCAGCGACUGACCUCAGAUGCUCAGGACGUGCGAGUGUGCUUGCCCACUAAACAUGGCAGAGGAUCAGAUCAGUGACGCGCUGUGACGAAAGGUUCCAUAGUCAAAUAAGCAUAGGAUACACUCCCUCCUGCUCCUGCGGGAGUCACAUGGCAUAGGAACACAUUAAUGCUCUGUGGUUUUAAAAAAUGUGUUUAAUUUGGUUGAAACCGGCAUUUCUCAAACUUACUUGAUCACACAACCCUUUUUUUUCUCCACGUGCCUAUGAACUUCUCAGUAGGAACAGAUGUUGGGAAGCGCUGGAUGAGAUGAUUUCCAGCUGACUUUUCAGCCAUUAAAAUCCACUGCUUUAUGGCUUGAGAAUAAGUCAUGGGCCUGGAACUUGAGUAACCGAAAUAUACUUGGAUUUUUAGAUAUACUAACAUUGAUUCUGAGAAGGCUUCAAAACCGGAAGUAGGCAUGACUUUAUGAAGCGUGAUGAUGAAAAGGGUCCACAGAGGCCAGAUGGCCAUGACCGGGAGAGUAACACAGAAAGCAGGAGAAAGAAAAGGCCUGAGAGGAAGGCAUACUGGUUGAAUGAUUCUGAUUGGAAGAAGAAAAGGCUCUAGUAACUUAGGAAAGUUUGGAAAGCAUGAGACAGCCUCCUUUGGGCAUGGAGAAAGGCUGAGAUAGGGAUCAGGAGGCUGUAAGGAGAAUGGCCUCUACUUCAUGGCAGGGGAAACCUGUUCCCUUGGGGGCCACUGGAAUGGAAAGAAGGAACCAUGGCACAGCACGAUGUGCAAGCCAGGAGGGCCUAGCAAGAAAGCAUACUCAGACCCAACCAGAGAGGGGCCAGAGAACCAUGGGGCGAAAAGUUGGAGAGAGGAAGGGCUAAUGCGCAGCUCAGCCAGCUGAAGAGCAAGGGGACGGUACCUGUCAUCUGCCCACGUCGCAUGAGUAAUUCCAGGCUAACUCCAUCGCCUAACUCUCGAUCCCCUCCCCUCUUGCAGUGCUGGGACCCUGCCCCAUGAAUCACCCUCCUCUCUAGCACACCUUAGGCCCCUGCCAACCUGCCUCCAUGUUUUCUUGGACACUGCUGCUCCCUCCAAUUACUGCCCAAUUUCUAUUAUUUGUCAAACUUCUUGAAAGAAGUUCCAGUGCCACAUUGAUAACUGCUUGGAUAGACUAGCCACCUCAAAGUCAGCAGGUCCAAAAACGGCUCCAUCCACCCUUUCCUCCAUCCAGCCCCUAACUGAGUUAUUCACACCACUGCUCCAGCCACGUGCUGCCGGUCAGCCAGGCUCAAAGCUGCAGCCACCUUCCAUGUCUACUUCAAUGACAAGUCUGACAUCUUCCUCAAUGAUCUUUUACAUCUGUGUCAUUCUGCCCUCUCACUGCGCUGCCCUGACCCCAAUUACAGUGGCCUUCUGAAUGCUCUCCAAGGCUGGGAGGGCAAAUCCUCAUCCUUAAACACAUGCCCUUCCUCACCUGGAGACCAACUGGAGGACAUGAGUGAUGGGGCAAUGGAGUUCUUUCCCGUGGAUGGCCUCACAAUCCUCCUGAAUGAAGUGUAGGGUCCUGGGAGGCCACCACCAGUCAGCUAAAGUGGGCAUUCAAGGUGACACAAGCACACAUCUCAUCCCAGCUAAUGACUCCAGAUCCACAUAGGAAUUUAAUGCUGGCAGCCAAACCAUAGUCAAAACACAGCUGUUACUGUCUCCAAAUGGCAGAACUUGGUCCUCCUUGUCCUGUUCUUGUCACUCCAACUGAGUAAUGUGCUUUGGGGGUAUAAACACGCCGAGUUUAAUUGCCAUGUCAUCAAAAAGAUGACAGCACAAUUCGGCAUUGAAACACAAAGUUUCAGUUGUACACAGAAAGGCAUGAACCUACAUUCUAUAUUAGUGAAUCAAAUGUUUUCAUUGGAGGAGUGACCAAAAUUUCAUUAUUUUCCUGCAAAUCAGCAGGAAAAGCUUCUUGAGACGUAAGAAAGAAGGAUACCCAUAGGUAGAGAAGCCUGGUUACCUCUCACUAAGAUCUGCUUAUCACGGGCUGUAUUAAUCUGUUCUCACACUGCUAUAAAGACGUACUUGAGACUGGAUAAUUUAUUAAAAAAAGAGGUUUAAUUGGCUCAUGGUUCUGCAGGCUGCAUAGGCUUCUGCUUCUGAGUAGAUCUCAGAAAACUUACAAUCAUGGGGGAAAGGUACAAGGAAGAAGGCUUGUCUUCCCAUGGCAAACGGGAGCCUGGGGGAAGAGGAAGGUGCCACACAUUUUCAAAUAAUCAGAUCUCAAGCUAGCACUAGGGGGAUGGUUCUAAACUAUUAGAAACCACCCUCGUUGAUCCAAUCACCUCCCACCAUGCCCCUCCUCCAACAUUGGGAAUUACUAUUCAAUGUGAGUUUUCGGUGGGGACACAGAGCCAAACCAUAUCAUUCUGUCCCUGGCCCCUCCCAAAUCUCAUGUCAUUUUCACAUUUCAAAACACAAUCAUGCCUUCCUAACAGUCCCCCUAACAGUCUUAACUCAUUCCAGGAUUUACUCAAAAGUGCAAGUCCAGAGUCUCAUCCGAGACAAGGCAAGUCCCUUUCACCUAUGAGCCCAUAAAAUCAAAAGCAAGUUAGUUACUUCCAAGAUGCAAUGGGGGUACAGGGAUUGGGUAAGUGCUCCCAUUCCAAAAGGGAGAAAUAGGCCAAAACAAAGGGGCUACAGGCCCUGCACAAGUCUGAAACCCAACAGUCAGUCAUUAGAUCUUGAAGCUCAAAAAUAAUAUCCUUUGAUUCCAUGUCUCACACCCAGGCCACACUGAUGCAAGCAGUGGGCUCCCAAGGCCUUGGGCAGCUCUACCUCUGUAACUCUGCAGGGUACAGUCCCCAUGGCUCCUUUCAUGGGCUGGUGUUGAGUGCCUGCGGCUUCUCCAGGCACACAGUAGUAGCUGUCAAUGGAUCUACUAUUCUGGGGUCUGGAGGAUGGUGGCCCUCUCCUCAGAGCUCUACUAGGCAGUGCCCUGUGGGGACUCUGUGUGGGGGCUCCAACCACACAUUUCCCCACUACACUGCCCCAGUAGAGGUUCUCUAUGAGGGCACUGCCCCUGCAGCAGACUUCUGUCUGGACAUCCAGGUAUUUCCAUAAAUUCUCUGAAAUCUAAGCAGAGACUCCCAAGCCUCAACUCUUACCUUCUCCACACCUGCAGUCUUAACACUACAUGGAAAGCUGCCAAGGCUUGUGGCUUGCACCCUCUGGAGCAGAGGUCUGAGACAUAUCUGGGGCCCUUUUAGCUACAGCUGGAGCUGAAGCAGCUGUGAUGUAGGUACCAUGUCCUGAGGCUGCACAGAGCAGCAGGGCCCUGGGCCUGGUCCAUAAAACCAUUUUUUCCUGCCAGACCUCCAGGUCUGUGAUGGGAAGGGCUGCCACAGAGGGCUCUGAAAUACCCUAGAGCCACAUCUUCCCCAUUAUCUUGACUAUUAACAUUUGGCUCCUCCUUACUUACACAAAUUUCUGCUGCCUUGAAUUCCUCCCCAGAAGAUGAGUUUUUCUUUUUCUUUUUCUUUUUUUACCAAAUGUUUAGGCUACAAAUUUUCCAAACUUUUAUGCUAUGCUUUCCUUUUUUUCUUUUCUUUCCUUUUCUUUUUUUUGAGACAGAGUCACUCUGUCAUCCUGGCUGCAGUGCAGUGGUGUGAUCAUGGCUCACUGCAAACUCUGCCUCCUGGGUUCAAGGAAUUCUUGUGCCUCAGUCUCCCAAGUAGCUGGAAUUAUAGGCAUGCAUCACCAACCCUGGCCAACUUUUUGUAUUUUUAGUAGAGACAGGGUUUCACUAUAUUGCCCAACUGGUCUCAAACUCCUGACCUCAAGUGAUUCCACCUGCCUCAGCCCACCAAAGCGUAAGAUUACAGGUAUGAGCCACCAUGUCUGGCCUGCUUUCUUUUCAAAUAUAAGUUCUAGUUUCAGAUAAUCUCUUUGCUCAUGAAUAAGAACAUAGGCUGUUAGAAGCCAGGUCACAUCUUGAAUGCUUUGCUGCUUUGAAAUUUAUUCUGCCAGAUACCCUAAAUCAUCUCUCUCAAUUUCAGAGUUCCACAGAUCCCUAGAGAAGGGGCACAGUGCUGCCAGUCUCUUUGGUAAAGUAUAGCAAGAGUGACCUUUACUCCAGUGUUCAAUAUGUUCCUCAUCUCCAUCUGAGACUAUGUCAGCCUGGACUUCACUGUCCAUGUCACUAUCAGCAUUUUGGUCACAACCAUUCAACAAGUCUCUAGGAAGUUCCCUCAUUUUCCUGUCUUAUUCUGAGCUCUCCAAACUAUUUCAACCUUUACCCAGUAGCCACUUCCAAAGUUGCUUCCACAUAUUCAGGUAUCUUUAUAGCAAGACCCCACUCCUGGCACCAAUUUUCUAUAGUAGUCUGUUCUCACACUGCUAUAGAGACAUACCUGAGACUGGGAAAUUUCUUUAAAAAAAAAAAAAGAGGUUUAAUUAGCUCACAGUUCUGCAGGCUAUACAGGCUAUUCUUCUGGGAGUCCUCAGGAAACUUACAAUCAUGGCAGAAGGCAAAGGAGAACCAACCACAUCUUCACAUGGCCAGCAGGAGAGGGGGUGAAGAGGUGCCACACACUUUCAAUCAGAUCUUGUGAGAACUCUAUCAUGAGAUAGUACUAGGGGGUUGGGGCUAAACUGUUAGAAACACCCCUAUUACCCCUAUUAAGCUAAUCAACUCCCACCAGGUCCUACCGCCAACAUUGGGAAUUAAAAUUCAAUGUGAGAUAUGAGUGGGACGCAGAGCCAAACCAUAUCACAGGCCAAACAAUAUGUCUGGAGGCAAGAAAAAUGGACAAGUCCCCCAGAACAUAGGAAAGAAAGUGCAAAGCUGGAGAGGCUGGCAUGACUAACUCACAUGUUUGAAAAUACUCUCUUAAAGGCAUUAUUUUAUAGGGAAUUGGCACUGUUUUUCUUUCUGCGUGGCUCACACUUGUAAUCCCAGAGCUUUGGGAGGCUGAGGCGGGCUGAUCACCUGGCCAACAUGGAGAAAGUCCAUCUCUACUAAAAAUACAAAAUUAGCCGGGUGUGGUGGCACAUGCUUGUAAUUCCAGCUACUCAGGAGGCUGAGGCAGGAGAAUCACUUGAACCCAGGAGACGGAGGUUGUGGUGAGCCGAGAUUGUGCCAAUGCACUCCAGCCUGGGUGACAGAGCGAGGCUCCAUCUCAAAAAAUAAAAUAAGAUAAAAUAAAAGUAUUUUUAAAAUUUCUUCCACACUUUAUUAUACCAUAAGAAGCAAACUUCUGAAGGAGAUACAAAAGAUACCACAGGUGUCCUAGCUUGUCAAUAUUGUUUUAUCAUUUUCAUUAACAAAGCAGAUUACAGUGUAGCCCUAAUUUGCAUUAUAAUUAGUUGUUACAAGACACUGCACAUUCUCCUGAAGAAACACCAUGAUUUCCAAGAAUCAAUGGCAUGUUAGAGUCAAUGAACUUGGUUCGUGUUGUCUUUAGCAUUGCAGUAAUUUUUACAUAGAGUCUCUAGGCCAAAAGAAAUACUUAGUAGUCCCCUUUAGUAAGCAGUGAAAUACAAACAACUUAAUAAGAACUUAUGUCCCAAUAACAUAGUAGCCAUCUGAAAAGAUGAUACACAUCAAUUGAAAGGAAAAUAUUCUUAUUCCAUUCUUAUGUAAUUAUGUCAUAAUAACCCUUUGAGGUGAAUUUUCAUAGCCCCUUUAAGGAGGAGGAAGUUCAAACUCAGAGAAGUUCAGCAACUUUCCCAGGGUCUUAGAGCUGCAAAAUGGUUCUGCCUUGUAAUAUAGCACUGUAUGCAAUUUUUAAGUUUCCACUUAGAAUAUAACUUCCUGAAAGGUGAGAACAAAAUGAAGAGUAAGAAAAUCCUUCUGGGAUUAAACACUCUCUGGCAAAAGCACCCCUCUUCUUAUGGCACCUUUUGCAUUUUUACUAGCUAGCUUUGUACCUGCCACAUUGAAGAGGAUAAUGAGAAAAGGUACCAAAGGAAGUGGAAAGAAGAAUGGAUGGUUGAUUGUAGUACCCUGCCUGGAUAGAAGUGGCUCACAGUCACCCAAGUGGUGACCCCUCCUUGCCAGCGGCAAGCACACCCAGGGAAGCCUUAAACUCACGAGCCACUCCUGGGUGGCUUGGCCUUUUCACAUCCCCACCUGGGGUGCCCCAGCCAGCUCUGUAACACCAACAUGAACAGAGGGACAUGAGUCCUCAGUGCCCCGCGCAUGAGCACCUUCACUGUGAAACCACAUCAGUAUGACUGCCAGGGAGCUAGCCACAUGGACACGAAAGCCAGCUGCACCAGAGGGCAAAGGGCGGACGGCAGAGGCUCAGAGCCAAUGUCAGGCACCAACUCUCCUCUUUGUGGCGGUGUGCAGGGUCUCUGUGAGAGAGACUGGUGAAUUGACAGGUUUGUGGGAACAAAAGCUUCCAUCACAACUACAGCACCAUUGCAGCAGGACCCUGACAAGACGAUGCAUUGCUGAGCAGCGCCAGUUGCAUUUCAGGAGACCCAAUUUGACUCCUGCUGUAACAACCAAACACAGUACAAGUCCAAUCUUACACACUUAGCUGUGGCAUGGGUGUGAGCCACAUUGCCCAGUUAUCUGUCCUAAAAAGGGCUUUUAUUUCUCCUCUGAAGAAAGAUCGCCUCUGAAGAAAGUGCAGAGUAUGUUGGAGGGCAAACAGCUCCCCACAGGAAUUCAUUUAAUUCACUUCACCUCAUGUACCCUCCUAAAUCCUGAACCUGAGGUCUGUAUGCAUGUUUAAUAGGGGGUGGCUGACAGAAAACGUGUCCCCAGGGACACAGCCAAGGAGAAACUCCAUAAGGAUUAAAUAGAUCAACCAUGCCGAAAUGCUGACAAGCCCCUGCAGUUCUGAAAUGACAGCAAGUUAAGAACACAGGAUUCAUAGACCUCCUGAGACCACAGAAGCCAUCCAGUGGAAGUGACAUGUGACACAGAAUGCUCAGUAAACAGGACUGGACAGAAACAACCUGGGUCCAUGCAGCCCAUCGGUUUGGAGACCUUGCGAAAGUCCCAAAGUGGGAAGCUCCCUUGUCCUUCUCCGAGGCCUCUUGCUUCUCUGGCUGCUCGUCCUGAUAGGGGCAAUCAGGGCGACCCGGUGGAAAAUAAACCUAGCAGCACCUCCACGAGGCUUCAGGUUUCUGGGAAUGAGUGCAGUGUUCACGGCACUCUCACGUGUAUCACUUCAUUUGAUCCUCACAGCACCUCAGGGAAAUGGCAGAGCACACGUUAGCCCCCCAAAGAAACUGCUACUCACAAAAGCCAAGUGUGAGCCUCAGGUCAGACCGCUGGGUCUCAAAUCCAGAUCUCCUCAAGUCAGGACCUGUCUACCUCAUCUUUAAUCCAAGCUCAAAGCAGUCUCACCCAACACCAGCAGGCAAAAGGCAGAAGGAAGUGAUUUGCUCGAGUCACACACACACGCAAAGCAUUAUCAUCUUAUUAAUUGCUCUUGGAGAAUGCUUCCCACAGACUCCACGGUUGCUGGCUGAUUGAAAUGGCAGCCAGGGCUGGGCACGGUGGCUCACGCCUAUAAUCCUAGCACUUUGGAAGGCUGGGCAGGAGGAUCACGAGGUCAGCAGAUUGAAACCAUUCUGGCUAAUGCGGUGAAACCCCGUCUCUACUAAAAAUACAAAACAUUAACUGGGCGUGGUGGCACACACCUGUAGUCCCAGCUACUUGGGAGGCUGAGGCAGGAGAAUUGCUUGAACCUGGGAGGCAGAGGUUUCAGUGAGCUGAAUUAGUUCGUGCCAUUGCACUCCAGCCAGGGUGACAGAGCGAGACACCGCCUCAAAAAAAAAAAAAAAAAAAAAGGAAGAAAGAAAGAAAGAAAAAUGAAAAGAAAAAGAAAGGCCACCCAUGCGUGGAGAGGGAGACCUCACUCUCCACCGGCAGGUGUGCCGUUGAAAUGGACUCCCAGAAGUGCGUUGCAGGGAUUUUAACAAGAUAGUAAUGCUCAAUUAGAAGUUUGUAUUAUCUCUGAUUAGCUCCAAUUAUCUUAUGAGGUAUCAUGAAAUAUAAAACUAAAUUGACUUCCAUUCUUCUUUCUUUAUUUAUAAGAUGGUCUUGCUCUGGCACUUAGGCUGGAGUGCAGUGGCACGAUCAUAGCUCCUUGCAGCCUCGACCUCCCGGCUACACGCAAUCCUCUUGCUCAGCCUCUGAAAGUGCUGGAAUUACAGUUGUGAGCCACUGCACCUGGAUGAUUUUUUUUUUUAACGUUUUUAUGGAGAUGAAGGUCUCACAAAUCACAUUUCCUUAAAAGACACACACCGUGUAGUAUUUUGGGAGAAGGGACAGCAGAGUUGUCACAACAUAUAAUGAUAAAUACUUCCAUUCCAAAAAGUUUGCUUUUAUUUUGCAGGACUUUCACUUGCCCCUAAACUUCUAAAAUUGUGAAAAGAUAUUGUGGGCAUCAAUUCAAAUUCUCAUGGAACUUGAAUAUCCCUAAAAUCCCUGAGGUCUAACCAGCAGGUGUCUCACUUAGUCAGUGCUCAGAUUCAAUAAGCCAAUUGCCAGACUGGGCUUUGAGGCACAAGUCAUCUGUCCCAAAGGAAAGUCAUUAGGUUUCUGAGCUCCUGAAACUCCAGUGAUAUCAGUUAGUAAUGAUUUAUAAUUUUUUCUACUCAUUAUAUAAGAAAACAAUAUUCAACAUGCCAAAUAUAUAAAGAUUCACAUUUUGUCAAUUUAUCACAGCUUGAUGAGAUUGUCUAAAGACAUUCAGGUUACUUCCUUCAUCAAUACCUAAUGCAGGCUGCCUCGGAGAUCUGUAUUAGCUACCUAAGAUGUUGCAAACUUUCGUCUUCAGUGGAGCAAGCAAGGUACCCAAAAGUAAGUGACCCACAAAAUGGGAACAACUAUUUGUGAAUCAUGUAAGAACUCUUACAACUCAAGAAUAAAACCUAAUUUUUUAAGUGGGCAAAGGAUCUGAAGAGGCAUUUCUCCAAAGAAGAUAUUCAAAUGGCCAAUAAACACAUGAAGAGCUGUUCGACAUUAGCCAUUGGGGAAAUGCAAAUGAAGGCCAUAAUGAAAUACAUUUCCUCUCUACUUAGGCUGCCAUAACAAAAUGUUUUCUCACAGUUCUAGAGAUUGGCAGUCUGAUAUCAUGGGGCCAGAAUGAUCGGCUUCUGGUAAGGACCCUCUUCCUGGCUUCUCUUGGUGUCCUCACAGGGCACCAAUCCUGUCAGGAGGUAGGAUUAGUAAUUCCAAUUACCCUUCAAAGGCUCCAUCCCAGACACUAUCACAAGGGGGUUAGGGUUUCAGCAUACCAAUUUAGAGGGAACACAAUUCAGUCUACAGCAAUACCCUUUAGGGAGGCUACAAUAAAAAAGAUAGUAACAAGUGUUGACAAGGAUGUGAAGAAAUUGGAACCCUUGCACACUGCUUAUGGAAUUGUAAAAUCGUACAGCCACUUUGAAAAACAGUUGACUAUUUCCUCAAAACAUUAAACAUAGAGUUAGCUUAUGACCAACAAUUCCAUUCCCAAAUAUUUGCCCAAAAGCAAUGAAACAUUUCCACUUCCACAUAAACACAUAUGCACAGAUGUUGACACAGCAUUAUUCAUGAUAGCCCAAAGGUAGAGACAACCUUAGUGUCUGUCAGCUGAUAAAAAGUUAAAUAAAGGCAGCAGCUCAUACCUGUAAUCCCAGCACUUUGGGAGGCUGAGGCAGGUGGCUCACUUGAGGUCACAGUUUGAGACCAGCCUGGACAACAUGGUGAAACCCUUUCUCUACUAAAAAUACAAGAACUAGCCCGGUGUGGCUGGGGGGGGGUGCCCGGUAAUCCCAGCUACUCAAGAGACUGAGGCAGGAGAAUCGCUUGACCCCAGGAGGCAGAGGUUGCAGUGAGCUGGGAUUGAACCACUGAACUGCAGCCUGGGCAGCAAAGGGAGACUCUGUCUCAAAAAUAAAUAAAUAAAAGGUAAAAUCCCUAUUCAAUGAAAGAUUAUUUGGCCACAAAAAGAAAUAAAGUACUAAUACAUGCUAUGAUACGACAUGGAUGAGCCUUGUAAACAUUAUACUAAGUAAAAGAAGGAAGUCACAAAGACCACAUAUUAUACGGUUCAACUUUUAUGAAACGUCCAGAACCAGCAAAUCAACAGAGAUGAAAAGUAGACUAUGGUGAGGGAGUUGGAAAGAAAUGGGGAGUGACUGUUAAUGGGUAUGAGUUUCUGUUGGGGAGGAUGAAAACGUUACAAAAUUGAUUAUGUUGGUGGCUGUACAACUUUGUAAUAUACCAAAAACCAUCCACUUGUACAUUUGACAUGAGUAAAUUCUAUGGUAUGUGAAAUAUAUCUCAAUAAAACUGUUAUAUAUUUUUUAAAGUAAGUAGCAGUUAAUACUCCUGGAAUCCAGCUGAGACAUGCUGUAAGAUAAGGAGCAUGGUCUAGAGUAAGACAUCAUCUAGACCCAAUCAGAUAAAGUCUAAAACUAAGCCCUAACAAGACCUAUAGGAAAGGUGGAAUUAGAAGUUGAGUCCUGUCAAGUUAAAGUUUGUGCUUUUUACAGAGCCACAUGAACAAAAUGUCCAACCAAGCCUACACUGGCAUGAAGUAAUCAGCCAGUCGCUGCACUGCCUGCAAAAACAACAAUCAACACACUUCAAAGAGGAAUGAUAAAACCUAGAGUUUAAAACAUACAUCACAUUGUAUAAUAUUUAAUCAAAAAUCACUAGACCAGCAGGGUGUGCAGGCUCACACCUGCAAAUCCCAGCACUUUGGAGGCCAAGGUGGGAGGAUGUCUUGAGCUCAAGGGUUUGAGACUAGCCUGGGCAACCUUAUCUCUAUUUAAAAAAAAAAAGUUAGCCAGACAUGGUGGUGCCUGCCUGGAGACCCAGCUACUUGGGAGAUAGAGGUGGGAGGAUCACUUGAGCCUGGGAGAUUGAGGCUUCAGUGAGCUAUGAUUGCACCAGUGCACUCCAGCCUGGGUGACAGAACAAGACCCUGUCUCAAAAAAAAAAAAAUCCUUAGACCAAUAAAUAAAUAAAUAAACAGAAAAAUGUUGAGAAAAAAUAGUCAAAAGAUACUUGACAUGGCCUAGAUGUUACUUAGCUGACAAAGACUUUAAGGCAGCUAUCAGAAAUAUAUUUAAAUAGGGAAAGGAAAAUAUAUGCAAAUAACUUUAUAAAAAUAUGGUCUUAUCAUAAAAAUAAACAGGAAAUUUCAACAGAGAAGUGGAAACUAUAAAAGAGCCAAAUAAAAAUUCAAGAACUAAAGACUGGGACAACUAAAAUGAAAAAUUCACUGGAUAAUUUUAAUAGGAAGUUGGAGAUGAUAAAAGAAAAUGUCAGUGAACCUUGAGAUAUCAACAGAAAUUAUUGAAUCUGAAUAACAGAAGGAAAAAUGGAUUAAAGAAAAAUCAACCAAAUUUCGGGAACCUGAGUGAUAGUAUCAAUCAGUCUAUAUAAGUAGAAUUGAAAGCAUCAGGAUGAGAGAAAGGGAAUGAGUUAGAAAAAUUUUUUGAAUGAAUAAUGGCAAAAAUUUUACCAAAUUUAAUGAAAACCACUAACUUACAGAUCUAAGAAGCUCACCAAACUCCAAGAAAUAUACACACAAAAAGAACCGCUAUAUUGCCCAGACACAUUACAGUCAAACUGCUAAUAAAUAAACAUAAAAUCUUGAAAGCAGAAGUGGAGAGGGAUGACAUAUUAUGAACAGAGAAUGAUGAUUUAAAAGAAGACAGUCUAGCCGGGCGCUGUGGCUCACGCCUGUAAUCCCAGCUAUUAGGGAGGCAGAGGCGGGAGGAUAGCUUGAGCCCAGGAGUUCGAAACCUGCCUGGGCAAUAUAGCGAGACCCCGUUCUCCACAAAAAGGAAAAAAAAAAAAAAAAAAGAA